AUGACGCAGUUUGCGCAUGUUGAGGGGCUUCUCUACGUGCUCCGGUUUGCUUCAAGCGCCGACGCGUCGCUGCUUGUCUGUCACCUCACCGACUUGUUUGGCGUCUACCAUGUUGGCACCAUGUAUGGCCUCUCAUCGAUCACGUGGGCCAUUGCCCAAAGCCUCCUGGUUGCGACGUCGGGCAAUGACACGGCGGCGCUCGCGUAUCAAGUGCGCCUGCUCGGGUGGCUUUCGCUCCUUGGGCUUGUUGCGCUGCUGUUUGUGCGCGCCGACUCGGCCGAUCGGUUCUACCGCGGGUACCGGUUUACGCUUUGCGGCAAAGUCGUGGUACAGCGACCGUGGCAGGAGCCGCCACAGCGUCAAGGCACUUUUGAUAUUUACACUGACGGGUUUCACGUCGAUGCGAUUCGGAGCUCAGUCCCGUACCUCUGCGCUCUCGACUCACCCGACGAAGCGGACGACUGGCUUGACGACGACGCACUUGUCCGCGCAUCGAAUGAAGAUCAAACUUGA